CGAAAGAAGGUCAAUAUUCAGUAUCAACAGGCACUAAGAACGGGUUACUCAGUUUCUGGAGAGCGGCUCUUUGUAACAGGCUCGCGAGAAGACUUGAUUGUCUGAACACCUCAGUGGAAUAGGCUGGUUGACUCUUAAACUCGUCUCAGUUCUCAGUAGACAGCUGUAGAGUCGGUAAAGGAAAAAAAAAGUAAUCAGUCAUGGACCCUAAAACCCAAUAUGGAAUGAUGAUGGUGUCUUCGCCCAGUGAUAACUACAUUCCUCCUGGUUUGGAGUACUUGGCUGAACUGGAUCAAGUGCUUAUUGAACAGAUCAUCUCGGCUUGGGAAUGCUUAAGUGGGUGUGAAGUCAAGAACAAGUACAUAUUGAAAAACCCAAUGGGCCAAGAAUUCCUCACGGCGACGGAAGACAGCAACUUCUGUGCUAAGCAGUGCUGUGGCAACAUCAGAGGCUUCGAGUUGCCCCUCGUCGACACCAACGGUAUGGAAGUCCUUCGCCUCCACCGGCCUCUGAAGUGCAAUUCCUGCCUUACACCGUGUUGUAACCAGGAAAUGGACAUAACUGCCAACGGCCAGUUGUUAGGAUCGAUGCACCAAGAGUGGAACUUCUGCAUGCCGCUAGCCUCAACCUACACCGUCAGAAACGCCUCCGGUGACGAAGCCUUCAGAAUCGAGGCGCCUUUCUGUCCCUGCAGCUGCGGCAGUGACGUCGAGUUCGAGGUCAUAGGAUCGGGAGGGACCAUGGGAACGAUCUCCGCACGUGGAGGGGGCUGUGUGUCGAGUGCUGCACAUAUGCCGACAACUUCACCAUCACCUUUGGCAGCAACCUGGACGUGCGCUACAAAGCCUUGAUUCUCGGCGCCGCCUUCCUGAUCGACUUCAUAUACUUCGAAAGAAAUCAAAAUCAGUAGAGCCGUCAAGAUCCGCAGAAGAACAACGGUUUUGCACAACGAAUCUCUUGAGUGGCUUUUUUUUUUCUCUCUCUCUCUCUCUCAACAUCAUUCCUGGCUAAGGACGUUUUGUUAUAAAGGAUAAGAUGUUUUACUGGAUGCUCUUUGGAUGAUGUUUUUUGAGUCUCGUCUUAUUUAGUGUGCAGUUAGUGUUGUUCAGCGUUUGAGAAACAGUUUUGUAAACAGUUCCCGGUGAGGCUAUAUGAAUGAAUCUCGUUCAAAGAAUGUUGGAACGAACCGUGUGAUGUAGUGGAGAUAUAUAGUGUCUAUUAGAUUUUUUUUGUAGCCUUUUCAUUGCUGCCAAGAUAAGAAGAGUUAUAUUUUCUCUUAUUCUGUGUGACUACUGACUAUUGUUGUUCAGCGUUUCACAAACAGAAGAAUGUUGGAACGAAUCGUGCGUUGUAGUAGAGAUAUUAUAGUCUUUAACAGUUUUAUACUUAUUUGUAUUUUUUCUUUUAGCCUUUUCAUUGUUGCUAAGGUAUAAAUACUGAAGCGUUUCUCACUAAGAAAACGGAAUCUGUAUAACUUGCAUUUUACAGUGAAUAAAGUACAACUCUUGCACUUUUAUAGAUGCAUGUGUGUUUAUUUAAGUUGACAGUGCACAUAAUCAGGCAUUGGUUAUUCACUCUCUGUACUGUAAUGAAUAAAUCUAUACUAUUUUGCCAUAAAUCAA